CAGACAUCAUCGCCGUUGUCUAAGUUUCUCACUUAUAGCGUCGCACUCAUAGGCUACACAGUAUCGCGACCUCGGAGCUCAGCGCAUCUACGCAACUGCAACGCCCUUAGCGCACGCAAAGACCCGCACCAUGGAGGACGUCGAGUUCACGAAGUCGCACUCCAACUCGCCGCUGCCCGAGGCUGGCAACGAUCCUGCCGACCCUCUGCGUCCUGAAAUUGAAGAAGAGAACUCCGUACCAAACCCUACCAAUGCCACAACAUACCAAGAUAUGGAGGUGACGGAGGAUAAGGAGGAGAUGCCUGAUCAGGAUGAUAUCGAAGCUGGCUUGUCCGACAAUGAGUCGGUGCUCUCCGACGCGCUGAACGACGAUCAACUUGAUGAACAAUUCGGCGAUUUCGAUGCCAGCAACAUUGCUAUCGAGGAGCGCGCUAUUGACGAGGACACUGUCAAGCAGAUCGGUGUGCACAAGAGGAAACGCGCGACAGGCGAAGGAGACGAGCCCAAGCAAAAGAAAAAGCGCGCCGACAAGCCUCGUCGCAAGAAGAACAAGGAUGGCGAAGAAGAGGGCGCCGAGGUGGGCGAGGGAAGGAAGAGCAGAAGGUCCAAGAAGGAAGUCAGGAUACGCGGUGCUAGUCCCGACGAAGAGGUAGAGGCUAAUCUUACUCCUGAAGAGCGCCGAAAGCGCGCACUCGAGCGCCAGAUGGAUGCCAUUGUCAAGAGCAGCUCGACCCGUCGUCGCAAGAAGGAUGGAAUCGACCUCGAGCAGAUGGCCGAUCAAGAGAUUGAAGAGAUGCGCCGCCGUAUGGCCCAGGCAGCAGAGGCGGAUAACGAGGGUCGAAAGCGUGGCGAACCAGCUCGGCAUAAGCUGAAGCUCCUGCCUGAAGUGGUUGCAUUGCUCAAUAAGAGCAACCUGAAGGAGUCGAUCGUGGAUCCCGAGUCCAACAUUUUGGAAGCAGUGCGCUUUUUCCUCGAGCCCCUCAGCGACGGCAGUCUGCCAGCAUAUGACAUUCAGAAGGAGCUGUUUGCUGCACUGGGGAAGCUACCCAUCAACAAAGACACUCUCGUUGCGUCGGGUAUUGGCAAAGUCAUUAUGUUCUACAUCAAGAGCAAGCGUCCUGAGUUGACAAUCAAGCGACAAGCCGAGCGCCUCUUUACAGACUGGACUCGCCCGAUUUUGAGGCGUACGGACGAUUAUCGCAAGAAGGAGUUUGCUCAGGCAGACUUCGAUCCUACACGAAAGGUCGCAAGUAGCAACCCCACGGCCAACAGCCAAGCAGCUGCCCAAGCAGCCCAAAGGAAGAAAGCCCUCGAGGCUCCUCGUGCCUUCCAGCGUGCUCGUAUGGAGUCUGGCCGCAUGACAUACACUGUCGCGCCAAAGAGCAACGUUACCUUCAACGAAGGCAACAAUGUGAGAAGGGACGUAGACAUCAUGAAGACAGUAAAAGCUAGGCAAGGAAGACGGUAAGAGAGAUACGUCUCUUGCUUCUUUACACGGUUCGCGCAUUGGAGUUUAUGGCGUUCUAGUCUGCACUGGAUAGGCAUUGUUAACCAGACUGCAUUCCGGGAGUUCCGAAGCUGGCUUGCGAGCCAAUGAGACUUUGUAUUUUAUGAAAGGGUUUUGCACCCAUGAAUGUCAUACUGCAAUG